GCAAGGAUUAAAAUAGGUCAAUAGACCUCCUAAAUUUAUUACUGAAGACUGAGGUUGAUACCUGGAUCCAUUGGUAAUUCACUGCUACUAGAUACUGAAGCACGGUAAAUGAAAGCUUCUUCUGUUUCGUUCAGAACCAUUUGAACAACGUUCUGUCUUUGCUAGCCAAGAAUAACAUCCCACAUUGAAGGAUUGAAAUUCACCUGUGGUAGUCCACGCAACUUAGUCGAUGACCUUGGGUAUCUUCAGAUGGCCCAAAUAGCUUCCAAACCUUUCCUAAUCGGUAUUAGUGGUGGAGCAGCUUCAGGGAAGGCAGAAGCAUGCAAAAAGAUAAAGGAUGUCUUAUACAAAAAGGCGAAAGGGAAGAAAGUUGAAGUUCUUUCCCUGUCAUCGUUUUAUCGUGAACUUUCUGAUGAUGAACUCAAAUUAGCCUUGAACAGUGAGUUUGAUUUCGAUCAUCCAAAUUCGUUUGACUUCAAAUAUUUGGCUGAGGUUUUGAGGAAAAUAAAACAUGGAGAACCUGUGGUCCUUCACAAAUAUGACUGCUCUGCUUAUUCAAGCACCCCAGAUGUUCAGGAGGUCCCGGAUGAUGUAGAUGUUGUCAUCGUAGAAGGAAUACUAACGUUUUAUCAAAAAGAAGUCAGAGACAUGUUUGAUUUAAAAAUCUUCAUUGAAUCAGAUGCAGACACUAGACUUUGCAGAAAAGUCCUAAGAGAUGUUUCUAUGAAAGGUCGUUGCUUGGAUUCCGUACUCGAUAGUUACUUUAAAUACGUUAAACCUGCAUUUGAGGAGUUUUGUCUUCCCACUAAAAAAUAUGCUGAUGUCAUCCUACCACGUGCACCAGACAAUCAUGUUGGUGUCGACUUAAUCACCGAACACUUGUUACAACUUGUAAAUGAUUCACCUCUGAUUCAUAAUGUUCAACAAUAUAUACCCCGUGCAAGAAAUCAAUCAGAAUCUUGUGGAAUUAACUGGAUAUUUGGCAAAUUUGUUUCUGUUGAUCUUUCGAAGUCCUUUCAACAAGUUAUUAUGUGGCCCUUGUAAUAAGACAGUGCCACGUAAGUCAGUUAUUUUUACUAGUUUCUUAUUGUACAGUAUUAGAUAUAUUGUAAUAUUUACCCAUGCGAUCGAUCAAGUUGCGGUGAGUCCACUUUCUCAUGUCUUCCUCGUCCUUAUUUUGAACACAAUCCUCAAUAUAGUUGUCAUAGGAAAGAUUAAUAGAUCUUUCGAAAACACGGAGUUAAUCUGUAUCCAAAAUCUAUAAAACGAAUAAAUCAAUAUACCUAGAACUAUGCAAUACUGAGCUAUCUUCUAUUAGGCAAGGAGUGAAAUGUGAACGAUAAUUAGCUAGUGAGUUUGAUAACACUCGUCUGAUGAAAUGGUCACAACCUGUCUUACAUACAUCCGCUCACUGUCUGCUUCAUUUUACUGACCCUAAUUCGAUCAUCGAGGUUAGUCUGUGCACAUUCUAGAUGGAGAGUACACUAACAACAAAGCACAUCUCUAGAAGAAAGGAAAUGAAGAGAUGUCCACUUCCUACAUAAUAUUGUCGUAAUCACACUGGUGAAGAAAAUUUCAUCCCAAUUCCAAGUGGUUGUCGGGAUCUGUCAAGAGUGAAACAUAGAUACAAUCCAGCCAAUAACGAAAACUGAAUCAGAGCAUCUAUCGAAAAAAUGUAAAAAUUCAAUUCUGCCAAGAAAUACAUAAUAGUGAGCAACUAGAAUUAAAACAGCUCUGAAAAAGGAACUAUGGCACUAAUAUCCAUCUAUAUGUGGCGUAGUUAUUAAUGAGUGCAACAAAUUGUUUCUUUUUACAAAUACUGAAUGGGUGGUCUAGCUUUAAUUGACUCAUGACCUCAAUUAUUAAAAUUACUAUAAUAUCUACAAAAAACCCUUCUGAUAUUAAAUACUGAAUGGUUAAAAUAUUCUCAUGUUUUGUCAAGUCAAGAUGAUGCUUUUUUACGAUGUAAUGAAGAACAGUUUACCGGUAAUAUAAGUAUUUUAAGUUUACUAAAAAAGGAGAUGCAUACUCAUUACACUAACACUUAUAUUGAAGCACAGACAUACCAAUAUAUACACAUAUAUAUAUAUAUAUAUAUAU